GUGCGAUUGCUCAUGCGAGGUGCGGGUUGUGGAGCACCACGUAUGGAGGGCCGCACUUUCACAUCGGAGCUCUGUGGAGACAUCGGAGAACCAGCGAACAUGGGCAUUGGGGAUGUUGUCGGCACCCAGUUCGAGGGCGGCAGAUAUAGGGCGAGGCCAUCUGCACAGUCGUGGCACUCUAUUGAUGACCCUCCUUCCACCUUCGUGCCUCAAACACACGACGGUGUGCACGCUUCGAACAACCGACCCUCUCUCGCCAUGCCCAUGACGGAUGUAUCGUCAGGUGGAGGUCGGGGGACGUACCCGACGACAGUGUACGAGUUCGGCACGCAGCAGGGUUCGAGCGGGACAUAUGGGCAAUGUGCGCAGCAACCUCAUGUGCGGGGAUUACCUGCAAGGACAGAGUCCCCCAGAUGGGGGUGUGGUCCCGAGCAUUCUGUGCAGGCGUCGCAACAUCGCCUGCAAGGUCUUCCGCCACUCUCUCCGCCGCUCACUAGACGCACAACGACAGUGGGUGAAGACAGCACUCCCGGGCAGGAGAGGGUGCAGCAGACUGCAAUCGGUGCAGCGGGCACCCGGAAGGAGGGAGGGCCAGCAUGUGGGGCCGGCAUGGGGAGUGAAGAGGAGCAGCAGCAACCGGGGAUUGCGGAGCACAUUGCGGACCAACUUCAAAGGCCCCGCUCUGUGCUGCCAAUGGCUGGCGAAGGACGGAGUGCCGCAUCCCCGAGUGCUCACCAGCAUAUGACCAGAGGCAGGCGCUACGACUGGAUAGUGGACCGGAUGAAAGAGGAGGGGUACACACGCACGUGGGAAGAUUGUCGAAAGAAAUGGGCGGAGCUGACAAAGAAAGUGAAGGAGAUCAGAGAUGCUUGCGAUGGAUCUGGCAAACCGACGCAUUGGGAGAUUACAACCGAGAUAAAGAAGAAGUUGGGCAUCAGCAUGACUUUCGAGAGGCCGUUGUGGGAUGCCAUGGAGUGGUUCCGUACCAAGGCUGCAUUCGUCAUGUCGAACACCAUGGCAUCCGAGGAGUUCAGACCGGGCGGGUGUACGACAGUGAACGACGCUGACUCCGAAGGAACAGGGACGGAAGCUUCGGAUAGCGCAGCGAAGGUCCGUAGGACGUCCUCUGGCAGGAGGCGUGGAGGAGAUUCCACAGCUUCAUCUUCAGGUUUGGUUGCAGCCAUGGAGGAGUCGACCUGUUCACUUUGUGAUGGUCUGGACAGGGCAGCCUCAACGCUGGCUCGAGCAUCUUCUGAAGGGGCUGCUAUGGUGGCCGCAAGGAUCGGGGAUGUGGCCACGGAGAUUGGGCAUGUCGUGGGGCCAAUGCGGUAGGGAAACUCUGUAUUGGAAAUGUUGGUGGGAGUGAUGGCGGGCAGAGGACUCG